AUGGCUAAUCAGAUGCGUCUCUAUCAACAUUCAGCUCGAUGUCCAGCAGCACUUCGCUCAUUUCUCGAUUGCAAUCCCAUGUAUUGGUGUUUUAUUCCUCAACCAUGGAACGAAGUAUUGGCAGAAAAUGUUGCUUAUUUUCCAAAUGCUUUCACUACAGAUCCCAACCUGGCUGCUAUGAUGGCAACGACUGCCAUAGACAAUCGUAGAGUAGCUUAUUAUCUAGACAAUGUACCAUUACCACCAGCGGCCUAUGCCUUCUCAUAUCCACAGAUACAAAAACAGCGUUUAUUUUUCGAAGAAUUUGUUGCUUACUCUAUUCAUCAGCGACCUUAUACCGGCUUGGACUUGUAUAAGAUGGCAAUCAUUGCUGUUCUACCAGAUGAUUGUUCGAUUAUAUUACGAUACAUUAUCGAAACAUUGUUUAUUAUUCAUGGUGAAACUAAAUUGAAUAUGAUUUGCCCGCUUGGUGGUGAUGCUGAAAAACGCUAUGGUCGCCCCUAUGAUCUUGUUUGGUGUGCUAAUUUGAAUCAUUCAUCGACGUGA